AUGGCGGGGUACGAGCAAGGAUCAGGUUCGCUGUACUUUCAUCAGAUUCUCAACUCGGAGCUCCAUUUGCAGAGACCAUCAUCACUUGUCCCACACCAGACUAAUACAGGGGCCGAGCUUUCAAAUUCGGAAGUCUCGCCUGAGAAGGACCAAAAAAAUGAUACGGACGCCGCUACCACCACCAGCUCCGGUGGCACGCCCACCCCAAACCGCCGCUCCCGCGGCCGACCUCCUGGUUCCAAGAACAAGCCUAAGCCUCCAACGAUUGUCACCAGGGACAACCCAAAUGCUCUCCGAGCUCAUGUUCUUGAAGUGUCAGCUGGCUGCGAUAUAGUGGAGAAUGUAUCUGUAUACGCAAGGCGGAGGGGAAGAGGGGUUUGUAUUCUCAGUGGAAGUGGCACUGUUUCGAAUGUCACGCUGCGGCAGCCGGCGGCACCUACGGGGAAUGUGAUGACACUGCAUGGCCGAUUCGAGUUACUUUUGCUUUCCGGGACGGUCCUUCCGCCUCCUGCGCCGCCAGGUGCUGGCGGUUUAUCGAUAUUCUUGUCUGGAGGGCAGGGGCAGAUGGUUGGUGGGAGCGUAGUGGGCCCUUUGAUUGCUUCAGGUCCGGUGGUUCUGGUGGCCACUUCGUUUGCAAAUGCAGUUUUUGAACGCUUGCCUUUGGAGGAAGAAGUACCUGCUCAGACUCCCCCUGCUGCUUCGCAAUCAUCCAGCGUCACAGCCGGAGGUGGCGGUGGGCAUGUGAGUGAGGGUGCCGGUAAUGGCAGCGGUGGUGGUGACGCUUUCUUGAAUUCAGGUGGAAAUGAACCCCCAAAUUAUCUCUUUUCAGCUGAUUUGUUCGGGUGGGGCGGAAGUUCUGCAAGGCCACCAUUUUAA